UAAGUAUUGACAUAACACUGUGUUAACAAUGCAUCCACAGAGCUUGGCUGAAGAGGAAAUAAAGGCAGAGCAGGAGGUGGUGGAGGGGAUGGAUAUCUCCACUCGAUCCAAAGCUCAAAAAAAGGAUCCUGGCUCUGCCGAACGCACAGCACAAAAAAGGAAAUUUCCCAGCCCUCCACAUUCUUCUAAUGGCCACUCACCACAAGAUGCAUCAACAAGUCCCAUAAAAAAGAAAAAGAAACCUGGUCUAUUGAACAGUAAUAAUAAAGAGCAGUCAGAACUAAGACAUGGUCCGUUUUACUAUAUGAAGCAGCCACUCACCACAGACCCUGUUGAUGUUGUACCACAGGAUGGACGGAAUGAUUUCUAUUGCUGGGUUUGUCAUCGGGAAGGCCAAGUCCUCUGCUGUGAGCUCUGUCCUCGGGUUUAUCAUGCUAAGUGUCUGAAACUGACAGCGGAACCAGAGGGGGAUUGGUUUUGUCCAGAAUGUGAGAAAAUCACAGUCGCAGAAUGCAUAGAAACACAGAGUAAAGCUAUGACAAUGCUCACCAUUGAACAGCUAUCAUAUUUACUGAAGUUUGCACUACAGAAAAUGAAACAGCCAGGGACAGAGCCAUUUCAAAAGCCAGUUUCACUGGAUCAACACCCAGAUUAUGCAGAAUAUAUCUUUCAUCCAAUGGACCUUUGUACAUUAGAGAAGAAUGUUAAGAAGAAAAUGUACGGUUGCACUGAAGCAUUUUUGGCUGAUGCCAAAUGGAUUUUGCACAACUGCAUUAUUUACAAUGGGGGAAAUCACAAAUUGACACAAACAGCAAAAGUCAUCAUCAAAAUCUGUGAGCAUGAGAUGAAUGAAAUUGAAGUAUGUCCGGAAUGUUAUUUAGCUGCUUGCCAAAAACGAGAAAAUUGGUUUUGUGAGCCUUGUAGCAAUCCCCACCCUUUGGUCUGGGCUAAACUCAAAGGCUUUCCAUUCUGGCCUGCUAAAGCACUGAGGGAUAAAGAUGGGCAAGUUGAUGCCCGUUUCUUUGGCCAACACGACAGGGCCUGGGUUCCAAUAAAUAAUUGCUACCUCAUGUCUAAAGAAAUUCCUUUUUCUGUGAAAAAGACUAAAAGCAUCUUCAAUAGUGCAAUGCAAGAAAUGGAGGUUUAUGUUGAUAACAUCCGUAGAAAAUUUGGAGUAUUUAAUUACGCACCUUUCCGGACACCAUAUACUCCCAACAAUCAAUACCAAAUGUUACUAGACCCUGCAAACCCAACUGCUGGAACUGCAAAGACAGACAAACAAGAGAAAAUCAAACUGAACUUUGAUAUGACAGCAUCGCCCAAGAUUCUAAUGAGCAAGUCUAUGCUGAGCAGUAGUACUGGUCGUAGGAUUUCAUUGACAGAUAUGCCACGGUCACCGAUGAGUACAAACUCAUCAGUUCACACUGGAUCUGAUGUUGAACAGGAUGCAGAGAAAAAAGCAACUUCCAGUCAUUUUAGUGCCAGUGAAGAAUCCAUGGACUUUAUUGAGAAAAAUACAGCUUCUCCAGCACCAACAAGAACGGGUCAAGCAGGGAGCUUGUCAGGCAGCCCCAAACCUUUCUCUCCUCAAGCAUCAACGCCAAUUUCUGCUAAGCAAGAAAGAACUUCCACUCCAGGAAGCAUUCUGAAUCUUAAUCUUGAUCGUAGCAAAGCUGAAAUGGAUCUGAAAGAGUUGAGUGAGUCAGUCCAACAGCAGACCACUCCUGUGCAACUCAUUUCACCAAAACGACAGAUACGUAGUAGGUUCCAGCUUAAUCUUGACAAGACAAUAGAGAGUUGUAAAGCGCAACUUGGAAUAAAUGAAAUAUCUGAAGCUGUUUAUACUGCAGUAGAACACAGUGACUCUGAAGAUUCUGAAAAAUCUGACACCAGUGACAGUGAAUAUAGUGAUGAGGAUCAGAAAUCAAAGAAUGAUCAAGAAGAUGGAGAGGACAAGGAAGGUACAAGAAGUGACAAAGAAUCAUUGAGCUUGAAAAAAAAAGCUAAGCCCUCAGCACAGAAUGAAGACAAAGAGGAACUUAAAAGCACAAGUCCAGAAGUGGAGAAAACAGAUGACCCAGUCAAAGAAAAGGCAAUUACAGACACUGAAAAAGAAUUUUCUGAAAAGGGAAAAAGUUUACAGCAUCCUGCAAAAGAAAAACUGAAAGGUAAAGAUGAAACAGACUCUCCAACUGUGCAUCUAGGACUGGACUCUGAUUCUGAGAGUGAACUUGUCAUCGAUCUAGGAGACGAUCAUUGUGGCCGUGAAGGAAGGAAAUCCAAAAAAGAAUCUAAAGACCCUCCUCCUAAACAAGAUGUUAUAGGUAAAACUCCACCUUCCUCCAGUGCAAGCACCCAGCCUCUACCAGAAACUCCAGUACUUACCCGCUCUGCAGCCCAGACUCCACCAGCUGGUGUGACAGCAACUACUAGUGCUUCUUCUACUGUUAGUGCUCCAUCUGCAGCCACUGGAAGCCCUGUGAAAAAGCAGAGGCCUCUGCUGCCUAAGGAAACUGCCCCUGCUGUGCAGCGUGUAGUGUGGAAUUCUUCAAAUAAAUUUCAGACGUCUUCUCAGAAAUGGCACAUGCAGAAGGUGCAGAGACAGCAGCAACAGCAGCAGAGCCAGCAGUCUCAGUCACAGCAACCUCAGUCCUCUCAAGGGACAAGAUAUCAGACAAGACAAGCAGUUAAAGCUGUGCAGCAAAAAGAGAUCACCCAGAGCACUUCUACAUCCACUAUAACCUUGGUUACAAGUACUCAACCUAUUUCUAUGGUUACCAGUUCUGGAUCUGCAAGUACACUUUCUUCCUCAGUUAAUACAGACCUGCCAAUUGCAACAGCUUCAGCUGAUGUGGCUGCAGAUAUUGCUAAAUAUACUAGCAAAAUGAUGGAUGCCAUCAAAGGAACAAUGACUGAAAUAUAUAACGAUCUUUCAAAAAAUACUACUGGAAGUACAAUAGCUGAGAUUCGGCGUUUGAGGAUCGAGAUAGAAAAACUUCAAUGGUUACAUCAACAGGAACUCUCAGAAAUGAAGCAUAAUCUAGAACUGACAAUGGCUGAAAUGCGGCAGAGUCUAGAACAAGAACGAGAUCGUUUGAUUGCUGAGGUGAAGAAGCAGCUGGAAUUGGAAAAGCAGCAAGCAGUGGAUGAAACUAAAAAGAAGCAGUGGUGUGCUAACUGCAAGAAAGAGGCCAUUUUUUAUUGCUGUUGGAAUACUAGCUACUGUGACUAUCCCUGCCAACAAGCUCACUGGCCUGAGCAUAUGAAAUCUUGCACACAGUCAGCUACUGCAACACAGCAAGAAACAGACACUGAAAUUAGCACAGAAACAUUAAAUAAAUCAUCCCAGCCCAGUUCAAGUGUGCAACCUACACCCACAGAAACAGCCAGCACCCCUAAGGAAAAGGAAGGUUCAGCUGAUAAAAGCAAAGAGAGUGUUACAACCAUUCCUGUAGUGGUAAGUCCUUCUGCUGGGACAGUGGCAAUGAGAACUGGAGUUCAGUAUGUUCAGACCACAAUGCCAGUCCAAGUACGAAGAGUCUAACUGCUAACAAGAAGUCCAUACAAUUGUUGGAAUAAAUAAAUCUAAUAGAAAUGUGAAAAAUAAACACAGUUCUUUGGAUUAACCUCAAAGGUUCAGACUUUCGCUUUGUAUAUGUGUACAAAGCAUUAACUACACUACAUUAAUGUAAAGCAUUAGCGCUGGCUUAGAAAAGCUGAGGACAGGUAAGAUCCAUAUUAAAUCUAUGCUUCUUUUGUAAAUAAUGUACAAUUUGUGGAUGUCAUUAAAGUUAGAGUACCAUCUCCUUUUUAUAUUUGUAUUGACUUUAACUUAUAAAGAGCGUUUGAAGUUGGAAAAGGAAGGUUUAAAACAGCCUUAUCACAAGCUAACACUGAAAACUGGUCUUGGGAAACUGCAGUUAACGCAUCAAAUAAUAUAAUCAUGAGACUCUGAUCAACUUGAUUUGCAUUUGGAUUGAAAAAAAUUUCUGCACUUUGAAACUCUUGUAGAAUUUCUUUGAGCAACCAAAUAAUGAAGGGUAUCUUUUUCCAGUUAAUUGUAUUAGGCACAUUGUGACAUUUCCAAUCUGUGGACCUGAAGUACUUAAAGAUUUACAUUGUUUUUACAAUGACCAGACUGUUAACAUUUAUAUUGUUUACAGGUUAAAAUUAAGUUAAAAUUUCAUUCAGUCCAAUAUCAGGAAAGCUGGAAAGUGUAAUACGAGCUGGUUGUAGCAUGAUCUCUGAUCAUGAUAUCAAAGAUUGAGAAAAGUAAAGUUUGUUCCUAUGCUUCACAGUUCAGUUUUCUUUUUUUUUUCUGAAAUCCUCCAAAAGGACUUUGAACAAGAACUAGGUGUGGAGAAAAACAUGGAUCAGGAAACAUGGGCAAAGGACUUUUGGCGCUGGGCCAGAGCAUGUAUUAUUUAUAUGAUGGAAUUUAUGUUUUUAUGUAAGCAUGAAACAGUACAGUAUGAGAGAAAGUAACCCAUGAAAAUGCUGUCUGUUACACUUAUACUGUAGUACCAUUUUGUAUGUUGUGUAAAACGAAAGCAUUGAACAAAGCAAAGGUGAUGUAUGUAUAUGAGAAAAUUAAUUGUAUGAUAUCAUUCCAGUACAUUCUGUUGUACAUUUUAGUCAUGUUGAUUUCUCCCAUUGUUUAUAAAAGAAUGCGGUUUGUACAGUCUCCAGCUAGUACCCAUAUUAGCGGGAAAAAAGUAUUAGAAGAAAGCGAGAACAGAAUAUUCGUGAAUUGCAGUUGUGUCAAAAAUAGCCUAGCUGGCCUUAUUUGUGAAGCAUAAUUGCUUUUAGCAUA